AUGACGCCGUCUUCGCCGCCCCUCGGGCCGCGGCGACCGCGAAAAGGUCGUACGAGUGCAGCUUCUGCAAGAGAGGGUUCACGAACGCGCAGGCGCUGGGCGGCCACAUGA